AAUGAACAUGUUCCUGGUAUUGAAAGGUUAGGUGAUUGUUAUAUACAAGGUAUUGGUACUUCUGUUGAUGAAAGAAGGGCUUUUGAAUUAUACUUGAAAGCUGCCAAUAUGAAUUAUAAUGUUGCGCAAUAUAAUGUUGCCAUUUGUUUUGAAGAUGGCAUUGGAACAACAAAAAAUAAAGAAAAAGCUAAUGAGUGGUAUAAAAAAGCUGCUGCUAAUGGCUUUGACUAUAAGCGUAUAACAACACUGAUCGACAAAAGUACUGGCCAAUAA